GCGGCGGUGGAAAGAUGGCGGAGUUGGACAUUGGGCAGCACUGCCAGGUGCAGCACUGCCGGCAGCGAGGUGACGCUGGAAGCCCCAUUUUCAUCCGCGGGAGACCUGGGCCGGGUUCUGACGGCCGGGGCGGUGGCGGCGGAUUUUCUUCCAUUUGUGUGUGAUGGUUGUUCAGGAAUAUUUUGCCUUGAACACAGAAGCAAGGACUCUCAUGGUUGUUCUGAGGUGAAUGUAAUCAAGGAGAGACCAAAGGCAGAUGAACACGAAUCUUACUCAUGCUCCUUCAAGGGCUGCACUGAAGUAGAGCUUGUGGCAGUGAUCUGUCCUUACUGUGAGAAGAACUUUUGCCUGAGACACCGUCAUCAGUCGGACCAUGACUGCGAAAAGCUGGAGGUCCCAAAGCCUCGAAUGGCUGCCACGCAGAAACUUGUCAGAGACAUUGUCGAUGCCAAGACAGGAGGGGCAGCAAGUAAGGGACGGAAAGGCGCAAAAAGCAGCGGAACAGCCGCGAAGGUGGCGCUGAUGAAGCUCAAGAUGCACGCUGAUGGGGAUAAGUCCCUGCCGCAGACAGAAAGAACAUACUUCCAGGUAUACUUGCCAAAGGGGAGCAAGGAAAAAAGCAAAGCCAUGUUCUUUUGCCUGCGGUGGAGCAUCGGGAAGGUCGUGGACUUUGCAGCUUCUCUCGCUAAUCUCAGGAAUGAAAACAACAAGCUGACGGCGAAGAAGCUGAGGCUGUGUCACGUCCCUUCAGGAGAAGCCCUGCCAUUGGAUCACACAUUGGAAAGGUGGAUCACGAAGGAGGAGUGCCCUUUAUAUAAUGGAGGAAAUGUUAUCUUGGAAUAUCUUAACGACGAAGAGCAGUUUUUAAAAAAUGUUGACUCUUACUUGGAAUAGUCAUUCAAGGAUUCAAGCCAGCAGAAUCUUUAUAAGCAGAAAUCACUCUCAGUAGACAGUCAGUUGUGUUGUGUUUGUUUUGUUUGAUUUACUACAGAUACUUUUUAAAAACUCUCCAAGUUGCUGUCUUAGAAUUUACUUCCAUUAGGUCCUAAUUUACACCAGUAGUUUUCUACUAGGUUCCAUGUUGGUGUUUAAUUAUGUGUUGAUAAUUAUUGGCAAAGCAUUUUUAUUAGCUGUUUCUGGGUUAGGCUGUAGAAAUAUCAGCAAAAGUGUCUUUCCUGGUAGACUAAUGGCAGCCAUUGACUGGCUGCUGUGUCACAGCCUGUACUGCCUUCCCUCCGAGAUCCCGCUCACACAACACCCACCUUUUUGUGAUUUUGCCAUUCUACGGCAGAGGAAGCCGCAGAUGGCAGACUAGCUGCAGAUGGCAGACUCUUUGGAGGGGUAUAAGUGGUACUUACCAACAUUAUUUAAAGCAAGUCCUAUGAUUAAGCGUGAUAUUACGUCCAGAAUACAUAGCCUUACUGGAUACCUAAAUCAUGAUGCAUGAAUUGCAGAAUCUUGCAGAUCCUCUCAUUCAGUCUUCCAGAAUAAGGUGUGUGAUAGGACACCACAUACCUAAGAAGGGAACGUAAUUUUCUUGGUAUCAUGUAAUUGCACUGGAUAUACUUCUGGUAAGGAGUUUUCUCUAGUAGGAUUCAACUUUUUGUGGGUGUGAAUGUAUUACAAAUGAGAAGAGCAAUGGAAUAGACUGAUUUUGUUACAGUCUACGCUUGCUGUACCAAAGCAAGA